UCUGCUGCGAAUAAACAAGCUGCAGUCUACUUCGGUCCUGGAAUCCUCGCUCACCUGCCGGCGCUCUCUCGGGUUCUUCUGACGGCGCCUCGAAAGCAAAAUAUUUUUUUGUUUUUUGGACCCAAUAAUAUGUCAAAGCGUUCCCUUUGUCGUUCUGUAGCCAGUGCGCAAAGCGUUGGAAGCGGAAUAUGACUACGUUGAACGUGUGUCACGAGGAAGACUUUGACGUCGUCCAUCGAUGGUUGAGCGCUCAGUGACGGGGAAUCCACACCGCCAACUCUUGGGGUUCAACACCGCGUUCGCCUCAGAAUCGUGAUUGUUCCCUUCGCUUGCCGCUUUGUGUCAAGGUCAGCCGAGCGGCAAUUGCUCUCGUUUUGGUUCCGAAUGUGGAGAUGGGAUUCUGCUGUGGCUCAGUACAGGGGCGGCUCUAUUCGAGUGGGACACGGGGCCAACGGCCACCCCAAAAAUGCUAACCCGGUUUGACUUGACUGCGUUUCCGCAGGAGCACGUCCGGCAGGCAGACGAGCGCUGAAGGAUCCAGGAGGAGAUGCGGCCCGAAGAGAAAGCCACAGCGGCGUCGCAGGUGGACGGCGCGGGCCGAAGUGGAAUAGAUGUGCUUGAACUUGGCAACAUCGCAGACAUUGCCGAUGUCGAAGGACUGCGGGGCAGCAGGUCGGGACUCUCUCAAAGUCCAGUGUCUGCCCACCUAUCCGAGUCUCUGCCGGUGGAUUCUUUGUUGAGCGGGACAGCUGCGAGCGACGACGCCAAUGUGGUUUCGUCCUCGCCAAACUUGGACUUCAGCUUCGACUCGGACUACGCCGGCACCGCUAUCGCCGGCGACUUAAGCGAACUCAGCGGAAGGUCCUCGGAAAAGACGGACCGCGUCUCACCUGUCGACGUCUGCGAGCGCACUGCGGAAAGGGGUCAGUGCAACGUGAAGGCGAAAGACAGAACCGCUUCCAUACCUACCAAAAAAGCGAAGAAUGGCAGCCCGCCGAAGGACGACGACCACGAACAAGAGUGUGGAAGCGCACCGUCCCGGCGCAGCGUCGCCGAAGACGUCAGUUGCUGCUACAGGUCUGUGCACAGGGGCUGUCUGCAGUGCGUGGAGGAGACGCCGGCCAUGUUGUCCGGACUGGUGCUGUCUUUGGCUUUCUGCGUGGCCAUCAUCGUCCUCAUUCCCAGCACGGGAAGGAACAUUGACGUCCACGUGGGAGCUCUGUCGGUGGUGUGCGUGGUUCUGAGUCUGAGCGCCGGCCUGCUCGUGUGCCUACCGUGGCUGGCCACCGUGAGGCGCUGCGCCGGCGCACUGGCUCUCUUCGUCUGGGGGACGCUGUACGUCACCGCCAUCGUUUUCAUCUUCACCGGAGGACCUGUUACGACGUGGGAACAGGUCGCCUUCUUUCUCUUCCUGUCCUUGAGUGUGUACACAGUGCUGCCUCUCUCACUGGCCUGGGCUUUCAUGGUUGGGAUUUGGACCAGUGUCACACACAUCAUCAUCAUCAGUGUUUACGUCCCGGUCACGAGUCCAGAGACACCAGACUUGGUGGUGCAGCUGGUGGCAAACGGCAUGCUGUUCUUGUGUGUGAACUGCAUCGGGGUUUUCCACCUUUGGACCACUGAGCAUGAUCUCAGGGUAUCCAAUCAGAAGAGAGAGGAGUUCAGCGCCAUCCGCUCCCAGAAGGAAAUAAGGAAAUACCAGCAGGAGCGUCUCCUGCUGUCGGUGUUGCCACGUUACAUCGCCAUGGAGCUGAAAACGGAGGUGAUAAAGAGGCUGACCAAGCCCAAGAGCGACCAAGAAAAUGGCCACAACUUCCACAGCCUGUACAUACGCCAGCACAAAGACGUCAGCAUUCUCUACGCGGACAUUGUGGGCUUCACAAAGUUGGCCAGUAGCUGCACACCAGAGGAGCUCGUCGCCGUGCUCAACAAGCUCUUCGGCAGGUUCGACGACAUCGCCAAGAAGAAGGGAUGUCUUCGCAUCAAGAUCUUGGGCGACUGCUACUACUGCGUGUCGGGUCUGCCCGACCCGAUCCCGACGCACGCCAGCAACUGCGUUCAGAUGGGCCUGGACAUGUGCACGGCUAUCAGUAAACUGCGAGAGGCCACGGACGUGGAGAUCAGCAUGCGCGUUGGCGUUCACACGGGUAACGUCCUCUCCGGCGUGAUCGGCUUGCAAAAAUGGCAAUACGACGUGUGGUCACAUGACGUUACGCUAGCCAAUCACUUGGAGUCCGGAGGCGUUCCCGGGAGAGUUCACAUCACCGAGGAGACUCUGCGACACUUGAACGGAGCGUACCAAGUGGAGGAUGGCGACGGGGGGAGUCGGGAUCCUCUUCUUCGAGGAAGACGGACCUACUUGGUGCUGGACCCCAACAACUCCGACAGCCCGCUCAAAAGAUCCCAAACGGCAAACCUUCUCGGCACCGUUGAGAACAGGCAGCGGGCGUCCAUGCGCAUGUCUCAGUACCUUCAGUCGUGGCAGAACAUCCGGCCCUUCGCCGAGCUCAGCAAUCAUCACGACCGGCGCCCCGAGACGAUAAAUGCGGUCGAAGUGAACCAGCAGCAGUCGACUGCUGAAAGACCACCUUGUCAGAACACCUCCUCCUGCUUGGUCGUAGAUAACUGCGUGAGGGGGUCGCUGGACACGCUGGACACGGCCGGGAGGAGAGGCAAGAGGCUCAACUGUCUGACGUUGCUGUUCAACGACGUGCGCCUGGAGAAGCAGGUGGCGUCACUUGUCCAACAGGAAGUGAGCCCGCCGUGGCACCGCGGCGCUUUUAGUUUCAAAUGUUUGUUGGCGUGUUUGCGUUUCCAGUUCCGACUGUCAGAGGUGAAGGGCGUGCACCAGUCCAUGAGCUGCCUGGCUUUGGUGUUCGUCACCCUUUUUGCCGUCCAGAUGCUCGUCUCGGACAAGAAUUUUGAAUUGGCCGUGUCCUACAGCGCCACCUUCCCUGUGCUGGUGCUUCUUUUGUCCAUUGCGUUCUGUGGCUACUUGCAGAAAUGGCAUUCCAAGGUACCACCGCGCAUCAACUUGAUCUUGGGACUGUCUCGCGGCGUCUCCACGAGGGCGGCCUUGCGUCUGUUCAUCGUCUGCCUGAGUUUGCUCAUCACGCUGCUCAUGGCCAUCCUCAACUUUGUCUUCAUCCCAGGAAACAACUGCACGGAGGUUAGCGACAGGAGCGCGCUGGAGGGUCUCAAACUCUACACUGUGCCUUACUACCUGUACUGCUGCCUGCUGGCCAUGCUGGGAGUCAUCGUCUUCGUCAGGAUAUGUUUGUCGGUGAAGGCUCUGCUCCUCACGCUGGCCGUGGUGGUUUACUUGGCCCUCUUCCUCCACGUGUACGCCAGUCGGUCGUCCUGCCUCAUCAGCCUGCUGUACGGCAACGCCAGCAAGCCCGGUGUGCUGAAGGACCCUCAGAUCAUGUCCGGUGUUUGGCUGGUCAUCUUUUAUUUUGUCUGCAUCAUUCUGGCAAGACAGGACGAGCUGGGCUGCCGCGUCGACUUCCUGUUGGAACAUUGUUUUAAACUGGAACAAGAGGAGAUGGAGACGGUGGAGAAUGUCAACAAACUUCUCCUCCAGAACGUUCUGCCCCUUCACGUGGCCUCCUUCUUCAUCGGCAAAACUGUCCGCAACCAGGACCUGUACAGCCAGUCGUACGAGUGCGUGUGCAUCAUGUUCGCCUCCGUGCCUCAAUUUAAGGAGUUCUACACCGAGAGCAGCGCCAACAGGGAUGGUCUGGAGUGUUUACGUUUCCUCAACGAGAUCAUAGCCGACUUUGACGAGCUUUUAUCGAAGCCCAAAUUUUCUUCAGUGGAGAAGAUCAAGACCAUCGGCAGUACGUACAUGGCGGCUGCGGGGCUGACGCAAUCACUGGAUGACAGGAAGAAAUGUGACAUGUCCUACAGUCACGUGCGCUCCGUGGUGGAGUUUGCCAUUGCGCUCAUGGGCAAACUGGAGCUCAUCAACACGCACUCCUUCAACAGCUUCAAACUGCGAAUCGGCAUAAACCAGGGCCCGGUCAUUGCCGGAGUCAUCGGCGCUCAUAAACCGCAGUACGACAUCUGGGGGAACUCUGUCAACGUGGCGAGCAGGAUGGACAGCACAGGCGUGUUGGACAGGAUACAGGUGACAGAGGAGACGGCCCAGGUGGUCCAGAGCGUGGGCUACGGCAUCACACGGCGGGGGGUCAUCAACGUCAAGGGCAAAGGGGAGCUGACCACGUACUUUGUCAAUACGGAGCCGUCAUCGCCGCAGUUCUGACCGCUGUCGUUCGGUGCAGUUUGGAGGAGAGACUAUUUGCAACGAGUCUGCCGCAGUGCGCCGGCCAUAGCGGCGAUGUUGAUGUCCGGCGAUGCACAACGGGACGCCUUAGUCUUGGGGAUGAGACACUAAAUAUGAUCCUGAUCGUGCAACUGUGUCUGUAAUUGCAUAUGAGUAUUUGUCUUUUGACGGUUUGCAGAAUUAAAUGAAGGACAUUUUUUUUUUUUUGCUGACAGUGAAAUGGUCUACAUCACUGGUUGUCAAACUUUUUUACACAAAGUACCACCUCAAAAAAAGACUUAAAAGUGAAAUACAAUUGAGCUGUACAUAACACAUUCACUGCCAUUGGCGGCUUUAGAAGUCAAAUAUCCUUGUUAAGUGGGAAGGCUGGCAGCUAACAAAUGUAUUGUCAUGGAUUUAAAAAAAAAAAAGAUAAUAACAUUAUGCACAGUUUGUACAUUAAAUUCAGUGACUCACGCCUACUGCCACAAUGUCGUGUGAUGGCCAUGCUAGCUUCACUCAUGACGGGCAAACAUGCAGAUCUUUAAUUACUGUACACCGCUGAAAUAAACUCUCUAAAUUAUAAAAUCAGAAUUCCCACCAAUCACUUUCUUAAUACUUCCAAUACUUGAGUACAUUUAAUAUUGGUACAUUUUACUCAAGUAAUUUUCUGUAUUUUAAGAUACUUACACGUAUCACUUUCAUGUACUUCAUACGAGACCGUCGGCAGUACACCAAAGAAAUGUUGAAAUCGUUAUUAGAUUAUAAUUAUGUAAAAAGCUGUAACAUAUUUAGAUUUUGUAUAUUUUUGUGUGUGUGUUUUUUUUAACUGGAUAUUGUAUAUAAUGUGGAAAUACUAUUUAUGAACGAAUAAAAUUGAAUUUCAAAAAAAUGCAAAUGAUAUACUUGGUAGAUCAUGAGUUUGGUUUGGGUGUUAGUUUAAAAAAUGUCCAUUAAUCUAAAGGUGAAAUAAACUGUUAUGUAUGUUUAUUUCAAUAAACAAAUAUCAGUGGGUAUAAAUGCAAAUUA